UUUUUCUUUUUCUCAUUGAAACGCAGUGAGCGUUGUCGUCGCGACAAUCUAAUUUCAAUUGUAAUGCCCUUUGGCGUUCUUGAUUCUCCCCUCCGUAAACCCUAAAUUCACUCCCUCCCAUGAAUCCAGCCCCAAAACACCAUCUUUUCUGCGUAAAAUGGCCGUGGAACAACCCCAGUUUCAACAACAACACUCCUCCCUGCACUCUCGAUACUCCUUGGCUUUUCAAGUCUUUCAAGAAUUUGGGCGUCGCCGCCUUCAAAUUGAUCAAUUCCGCCGCUAACGCUCCUCUCCGUUUCAACCAUCAGGAGACCAGCGGGUCCGAACUAGUGCAAGGAGAGGCGGAGCAAAGGGCAUUCGCCGCCGCCCUAGCCACCGCCAGAGACGCCACGCUUCUUGAGUUCUACUCUCCCAAGUGUAGGCUCUGCAAUUCUCUGCUCCCAUUUGUCACGGAAAUCGAGAAUCGCAACUCUGAUUGGCUCAACAUUGUCAUGGCUGAUGCUGAGAAUGAUAUUUGGCUACCUGAGCUUCUCCAUUAUGACAUUAAGUAUGUACCGUGCUUUGUCCUAGUUGAUAAACACGGCAAUGCUCUCGCAAAAACAGGCAUUCCCAAUAGUCGACUCCAUGUUGUGGCUGGUGUUUCCCAUCUGCUCAAAAUGAGACGCCCCAGGAAAAAUUAGAGACAGUCAUUUCAUAUGAGAUCAAACACAAAUGCCAGCUCAGCCGGAUGUCACGCACGAUAUCACUUUCCAGGUUUUUUGACUCUUGAAGUUGUAUCAUACAAUACUUUUUCUUUGACUAUACACCUUUAAUCACAAUAACUUGAGACUGUGUCUGAUGGGUCAACGACAAGUCAAAUAUAUGGAGGAAGCUCAAUUUGAUGGAAUAUUUUUGAAUCAAUCUUUUUGUUUUUAGCUCUGGGUUUUUUCUGUCUAUACUUGUGAGAAAAUUGUCCUUGUGCUUUUUCUCACAGGUGUUGAUGUUGAUACCUGUUUCAACAAGAUCUAGAAGUUAUUCGAUAGUUGUGACUUAGAUAUUGGAGGGGAUAAAAUGAUUUCUUAAAACUAUACUUUCUCAUGCAUUGUAAAAUCGUUUCAAAAAGGAAGCGUGCCUUAAAACUCGUGAUCAGUGGGUUGGUUUUGGUAUAUUCUAACACUAGCACUUUGGGUGGGCGCCAAAGCUCGUGAUAUUACCUCUUAAACUUGAACGUAUCUAUAUUGGUUGAUGACAUUCAUAGCGGCAUUGGUGAUUUGAUUUGGGAUUAGAAGAAUCAAGAAUGUUGUUGGCCUUGUGUUUGAUACUAUUCAAAACUUGAUGAGAAAGGUAUAUAUCAGUAAAUUUUAUUGAUCUGCACAGUUAGUAAAUUUGUACAAUAUAGCUGGAAGGGGAGUUGUUUAUAACUGAUUUGUGCCAAUAUAUUGGAAAGUUGUGAUUUUGCUAUAUAUUAGGUGAAAGAAUAAAGAAGAUAUCUUUUUAUUGCCCUGUGGUUUAAAGUAUUUUUAAUUUGAUUUUAUAGGUAUUUUCAAUGCAGAAAAUCAGUUAAUUAGGCAGGAUUCACCCUACCUGGAGUGGAUGUUGAUGAAUAUGAUUUCAGAUAUAUCCUGAAGUUGAUGGUGUCUGGAUCUUAAGUAUAAAGUCCUUCUGCAACAGCCAAUUUAUCUUUGCUACAUUUGAUGUACAAACUUGCUUUUAGGCAUUUGUUGUAUAAUAACUUGAAGGUGUAUUACGUUUAGGUGCUACUAGUGACAUCCGUCUACGAUGAAAAAUCACUUAAAUUGGUAAAUUGUAAGUGGUGUGAAUUAAAAAAAUAAAUCAACACUUUAUUUCGAUAC